CGUGAAGGCAAACACAGCCUUGCGUAUCGUCUGCAACGGAUAAAAUGACUGUGUCAGGCGUUAAGCCACCUCUGCUUGCUCUGUCUCUUGGUCGAUAGAAGAGAAAGGAAGUGUAACAUGCUCCUUCUGCCACCGUCAUCGCCGCCACUACUAGCCCGGUUCCCUUCCGUUUCCGUCGCUUCUCCACUCCUCCGCCACUACCUCCUCUUCCAACCUGCGGUCUCCACCACCACAACAGCAACAAUCACCGCUACAUCCCAUACGAACUUCGGUGACUCCUCCUUUGUCUACACUGAUUCAAAAACGGAAGAAGACGAUGACGUAAAGGAAGAAAAAGACGACGACAUUCUCCCUCUACAAAGCCACCGAUACGACUUCACUCCGCUCCUCAAUUUCCUCUCCAACGCAUCGUUAUCUGAAAGCACCAAUUCGGACUCAACUUCGCCGACGUCACUGGACCGCACUGAGUUUGAGCUCGCGGAGUCAUACCGGGCCGUGCCGGCUCCUCUGUGGCACUCUUUCCUUAAAUCUCUUUGCUCGUCUCCGUCGUCCAUCAAUCUUGCAUACGCUGUCGUUUCAUGGCUGCAAAAGCACAACCUAUGUUUCUCUUACGAGUUGCUAUACUCGAUUCUGAUUCACGCUCUCGGCCGCUCAGAGAAACUGUAUGAGGCUUUCCUGCUCUUUCAGAAGCAGACUCUAACUCCCUUUACCUAUAACGCGUUGAUUGGAGCGUGUGCGCGCAACGACGAUCUUGAGAAGGCUCUCAAUUUGAUGUCAAGGAUGCGCCAGGACGGUUUCCAUUCCGAUUUCGUGAAUUACAGCUUGAUAAUUAAGUCGCUCAUGAGGAAAAACACCAUUGAUUCAUCGCUUCUGCUAAAGCUAUAUAAAGAGAUCGAGAGUGAUAAAAUUGAACUUGACGGGCAGCUCUUAAACGACCUAAUUGUCGGUUUUGCUAAAGCUGGAGAUCCGAGCCGUGCUAUGCAAUUCCUAGGCAUGGUUCAGGGGAGUGGACUGAGCGCAAAAUCUUACGGUCUUGUCGCCGUGAUAUUAGCAUUGGGCGAUUCUGGGAGGAUUGUGGAGGCCGAGGCUCUUUUCCUGGAAAUCAAAGGGGAAGGAUUGAUUUUGAGGACUAGAGCUUACAAUGCACUUCUUAAAGGAUAUGCUAAAACUGGUUCUUUAAGAGAUGCUGAGCUUAUUGUGUCUGAGAUGGAAAACAAUGGUGUGCCACCGAAUGAACAAACUUAUAGUCUGUUGAUUGAUGCCUAUGUGAACGCUGGAAGGUGGGAGAGUGCAAGGAUUGUAUUGAAAGAAAUGGAAGCAAAAGAUGUGAAACCUAAUUCUUAUGUUUUCAGUAGAAUCCUGGCUAAUUACCGCGACAAAGGGGAGUGGCAGAAAACUUUUGAGGUUUUGAAGGAGAUGAAGAACAGUGGAGUCAAACCUGAUAGGCUUUUCUACAACGUGAUGAUUGACACAUUUGGGAAGUAUAACUGUCUUCACCAUGCCAUGGCCACAUUUGACAAGAUGCUUUCUGACGGGAUUGAGCCUGACACGGUUACUUGGAACACACUUAUAGAUUGUCAUUGCAGGUUUGGGCGCCGUGAUAGAGCAGAGGAGUUGUUUGAGGAAAUGUUGGAGAAAGGGUAUAAACCUUGUGCUACAACGUAUAAUAUUUUGAUUAAUUCAUUUGGGGAGCAUCAAAGAUGGGAAGAAGUGAAGAGCUUCUUGGGGAAAAUGCAGAGUCAUGGGUUAUUGCCUAAUGUUGUAACAUAUACCACACUAGUUGAUAUUUAUGGAAAGUCGGGGAGAUUUGAUGACGCGUUGGAGUGUAUAGGGGCAAUGAAGUCCGCUGGUCUGAAACCAUCAUCAACCAUGUAUAAUGCCUUGAUAAAUGCCUAUGCACAAAGGGGUAUGUCUGAGCAAGCAGUAAAUGCAUUCAGGAUCAUGAGAGCAGAUGGCCUUAAGCCAAGUCUUUUGGCCCUCAACUCACUAAUCAAUGCAUUUGGAGAGGAUAGGAGGGAUGCUGAAGCCUUUGCUGUAUUAAAGUACAUGAAAGAAAAUGUAAAGGACUCGAAGCCGGACGUGGUAACAUAUACGACACUUAUGAAAGCUCUCGUUCGUGUUGAGAAGUUUAAUAAGGUUCCCGAUGUGUAUGAAGAAAUGAUAUUGUCGGGGUGCACGCCAGAUAGGAAAGCCAGAUCCAUGCUUCGGUCCGCCCUUAAAUACAUGAAGGACACUCUGAGAACAUAGUUGACAAAUGGCCCCUCAUUUAGCUGACGCACAGUAAGGGAUUAGCCAUGCUGAAGCCAGUCUUUUCUCUAUUGGAGGUCAGUUUAAUAAACUUUGUAUGUAGACAUUUCAGACGACUGUUUUCAAGGGUUUUGGCCUACAAGACUUGUUAUAAGAAGCCGUCCAAUUUUUUUGAAUCCCAGGUAAACAUAAAGGUUCAUAUUAUUUUACGCAGCAGUUCUGCAUGAAGUAUUAAAUUAUUUUGGGGCAUUCCCUGUUGGCAUCGGAAAGAUAUUUGAUGAAGCUUGGGAAUGAACGGGUGUCACAACUCGAAGGUAUUUGGAAUGACAAGCUCCCCGAAUCCUGAUCUCUUAUUUUUAGGUUGUACAAUAGUUGUUUGAAUAUAUGGACACGAAUACAAAAUUACGUUGUUAGGUGUUCUGUCUUGAUCUAUGUAGCGAAAAAAUGUACUAGACACUGAUUAGAUACUUUGGCCACAAGUUCAUUGAAGUAAAAUUCAUCCACAUAUGGCUCUCUCUUUGCA